GCCAAAAUAAUGGCCAGGGGACUAGGGUUUAAGAAAAACCCCAUUAUUGAGACCGCCCUUCGCUCUCUGUACCUCCGACCUCAGUCUGCCUCCCUGCCACUCGGGAGCUCAAGCUUUCAUCUAUGGCGACGUCCAAUCUAUUCCCUAACAUGUACGACGUCGCUCUGAAACCUCGAAUGCUCCGUUCCCUUAUCAAAGAACAAGUUCCGGAUGAGAAGCAACAGUUUCGGAGCCUUUUGGCUCUAUCGGACGUUGUUUCUAUGAUCAGAAAUCAUAGACUACUUUCCGAAUCAUUCCCUGAAUCGAUUGAUCCGAAGAUCAUUGAGAGUUGGAAAUCCGCAGUCGAUGCUUGGGUUGAGCGCUUGUUGUUGCUUGUUUCUAGCAGCAUGCCAGAUAAGUGCUGGGCUGGCAUUUGUUUGCUUGGGGUGACUUGUCAAGAGUGCAGCUCUGCUCGUUUCGUGGCAUCAUAUUCUGUUUGGUUCCAGAAGCUCCAAUCACAUCUUCAGCUGCCAGCAGGUUCCUGUUUCCUGAAGGCAGCUUCUUGUGUGUCAGUAUCAGAUCUCUUCACUAGGUUGGGUGGCUUUCCCAAUGUAAAGAAAGAUGGGGCUUCACAUGCUGGGAAACUUAUUCAACCACUUUUGAAGCUGUUAAAUGAGGAUAGUUCAGAGGCUGUUUGGGAAGGAGCUGUUUAUUUAAUAUGCACCAUUUUAACAAUUUUUCCAUCCUGCAUGCAUCGUCAUUAUGAUAAUGUGGAAGUCGCUGUUGUUUCAAAAAUUAUGUCUGGUAAAUGCAGUGUUAUAAUGUUGAAGAAACUUGCUCACUGCCUAGCAUUACUUCCAAAAUCGAGAGGUGAUGAGGAUAGCUGGUCCUUACUGAUGCAAAAGAUUUUAUUUUCAGUAAAUUCUUCCCUGAAUGAAGCCUUCCAAGGUCUAGAAGAAGAAAAUAAAUGUGAUGAGGUUAUUAGAUUAUUGGUUCCACCAGGAAAAGAAGCACCACCUCCCUUAGGAGGUCAAAUGGUGGCAGAAGAACCUCUGGAAAACGCAACAAGGAGGUUUGAGCGAUUUCCAACCCAUAGUAUCUCUUCACUGAUGCUGUGUUGUUGUACAAUGCUUACAAGUUCUUAUCCUGCACGGGUAGCUGUUCCUGUUCGUCCCCUUCUUGCCCUUGUUGGAAGAGUGCUCAUGGUGGAUGGCUCUUUGCCACGAUCCUUAAUGCCCUUCAUCACUACUUCUAUGCAGCAUGAGUUCAUUUGUUCACAACUUCCUGUCUUGCACUCACAUGGUUUGGAACUUCUCAGCGCCAUCAUAAAGGGAGUCCGUAGUCAACUAUUGCCGCAUGCUGCAGAAAUGGUGCGUCUUGUGAUUCAAUAUUUCAGGAAAUGUGCAUUGCCAGAACUAAGGAUUAAGGUCUAUUCAAUCAUAAAGAUUUUGCUGUUAUCCAUGGGUGUUGGAAUAGCUGUACACCUUUCUCAGGAAGUUAUUAGCAAUGCAUUUGUUGAUUUGGAUGGUCAUGAUAGUGGUGGCACAUCUUUGGAUACAUAUUUGGAUGCCUCUGUAGAAAGGCUCCAACGGCCAAGCCGGAAAAAAAGGAAGCAUGUUACCACAACUGUGUCUAGUGAGCAGGAUUUGGAAAUGGAAGUACCCAGGAACUGCCCAACAACUUGGAUGUCUUUAAAGAUUGCAGCACUGGAAGUGUUAGAAUCUCUUCUCACUGUGGGUGGUGCUCUGAGGUCUGAGCAUUGGCGAUCAAAGAUUGAUCUCCUCCUGAUUACUGUUGCAAUGAAAGCUUGUAAGGGGGGAUGGGCCAGUGAGGAUAAGAAUAUUUUCCUACCCAAUGAACCUAUUUCUACUUGGGUAGAUUUCCAGCUUGCAGCCCUGCGUGCACUUUUGGCAUCAGUUCUUUCUCCUGCUCGUGUUCGGCCUCCAUACCUUGCUCAGGCUCUUGAUCUUUUUCGAAGAGGUAAGCAGGAAACAGGAACGAGGCUUGCUGAAUUCUGUGCCCAUGCUCUGUUGGCCUUGGAAGUUCUCAUACAUCCCAGGGCGCUUCCACUGAUGGAUUUCUCUUCUCCACACCAAGAUACAUACGCUGGGGGUCAUGGGCACAACAUUCCUCUGUCAAAUGGUUUGCUGGGAAUGGAACAAUUGGAUUCCGGUUCUGAAGAUGAUGAGCUAUAUGACAGAUGGUGCAGGGAUGCCAAUGAAACUGGAGGUCCAGUGACUUAUCCAGCUAAGAGUACAAUAGUCUCCAAAGAGCCUUCUGAACCUGCCAGGGAUUCUGGGGCUAAAGAAAAAUUCUCCAUGGACUGUUCAUUUGGAACAGAAAUGCCUCCAAAAAGUAAGCAGGGCCUGGGGCCAGCAGCAGUGGCUGGUUCUGAUGUUGAGAUAAGAGAAAAUCAGGAUGAGAUUGUGGUCGAGUUGUCCCGAAUUCCUGAGCCCAUUUCUCAUGAAGCCACUAUUCCUGCUGUUACCUGCAACCCCGUGGGCACAAACCUAGAAUUUACAACUGCUUCUGACAGCCACACGUUGGAUCAUUCAAGGGGUCAAAUGGCAUUAGACAAGGAUGAGUUGCUGGAGAAAGGUGAUGGGUAUGCUGCAAUAGAAAAAACUACUUCGACGGUCAUGGAUUCCAAGAGAAGCCAGGGAUUUCUGUUUGAAUUGGAGCAUGAAUCAUCUUCAGACUCAUUUCCUGACAUUGUGGAUGGGGAUCCGGAUUCUGAUUAGAAAUUAGGGAUAGAUUUUGGUAAUUGAUGGAUGGGCAAAUGGGUUUUGAACAGUUCUGAAGUCGCUCAAUGCAGUGGAUAUUCCAUGUAGUGAUAUUUGUAUUGCUGGGGCUCUUCACCCAGGUUGUUUGGCCCUGCCUGGGAUAUUGUUUCUGAAGAACUGCUCUCUGCAAGUGCCGAGCCUCUCACAGGGAAUUACCCCCAGUACUUUCAGUGCCCUUUCCUUCUCUCAUUCAUAGGGCAAAUUUCAGGUGCAGGGUACCCUUCACCUCCAAUUUUGAGUUGUUUUUAAGGUCAGUGCCAUGAGUAGAGAAUUACAUACAGGAAUUGCAUACUAAAUUAUACAAAAAAUUUCCAGGUUUACAAAAAUUGUGAGGCCACCACGUGUCAUCUGUAUGCUGAGUUCUGUAUAAGGCUUUUGUAAGAACUUAGAAGCUUGCUUGGUCCAUUUGGUGAAGUGGGUUUGGAAACAUUGCGAAUUCGAAAA